UCAUUGCCGAUGAAGGUGACAGGUACGUCUAAACCAACGAACGAACGUUCAUCAAUCAAUAAAAUGCCUUAAUUUUUCAGAAGCACCGACAAAUGGGUUCCGUAUAUCGUGAUCGGACGACGGAGUUCCGGUCACUGUCGGAGACGCUGAAGAAGGCCGGAGGAGUCACAGCCGCCGUCAGUCCAGCUAAAAAUGACCCGUCGGCGUCCGUACCGUCCGGAUCACCGGCCGCUACACGAUCGGAAUUCAGCAGGAAGGCCUCGCGUAUCGGAUUGGGAAUCCAAGAAACCUCUCAGAAGAUCGUGAGGCUUGCUCAGUUGGCAAAAAGAUCAUCAAUGUUUGAUGAUCCCAUUAGGGAAAUACAGGAAUUGACCGCUUUGAUUAAGAAUGAUAUUACAUCAUUGAAUGUAGCUAUCACAGAUUUGCAAACCAUCCAAAAGGUGGAAACAUCAGAUGGAAAUUAUUCCCAGGAUAGAGUGGUUCAUUCAACAGCAGUAUGUGAUGACCUGAAGAGCAAACUUAUGGGAGCUACAAAACAGCUUCAAGAUGUGUUAACCGCAAGAACAGAGAAUAUCAAGGCCAACGAGAGUCGGAGGCAAAUAUUUUCUGCAAAUGCAAACAGAGAAAUUCCUUUUCAAAAUCAAGCCAAAAUUGUAACUCAACCACCACCUUGGUCUAGUAAUACAUCUGAAAAUGCCCAAUCAUCCAUGUUGUUGUCAAAUGGGGCUCAAGUUGGGGGUCAAUUGAGACGAAGGUUAGCUGUGGAGAACACUCCAUCCCAGCAAAUGGAGAUGUCAAUGUUACAGCAGGUGGUUCCUAGGCAGGAAAAUUAUUCACAAAGUCGUUCAGUUGCUCUCCAUAAUGUGGAAUCCACCAUUUCAGAACUCAGCGGAAUUUUUACACAUCUAGCCACCAUGGUUGCACAUCAAGGAGAACUUGCUAUCAGGAUCGAUGACAACAUGGACGAAUCAUUGGCAAAUGUAGAAGGCGCUCGAAGUGCGCUUUUAAGGCAUCUUAACCAGAUAUCAUCAAACAGAUGGCUUCUUAUCAAAAUAUUUGCCAUUUUAAUACUUUUCUUGAUGGUCUUCAUUUUCUUGGCAUAAGCGUCAGCUUCAAAACCCAACUAUUUUUGUUUACGGUGCUCCCCUCUGCUGUAGAUUCAAGGAUUUCCUUUUCUUAUGGGGUUCUUUCAAGUCUUACCGAAUAUACGAACACAUCAACUUGUUUAUAUUUUUUAACAGAAAAAAGCAUGUACACUGUAUUGUGGGAAUUUGGAUUCGACAUGGUAUAUCAAAUUACUUGAUUAGGAUUAAAAGUUCAA